GCCGAGGUACGAACAUGAGCCUGAUCGUCCACUGCAACUACUGUGACCUCAUUACCGACGAAAAGCGCAAAGAUGACCUUCGGAAAUACCUGGAAGACUUCCAGAACAAGCUCGCGACCGUCGGAUCGCCCGACCUCGGCGCCUACAAUAGCUUGAUGGAAAGUGUUGUCUGCCUCGUUGUCGAGGACGCCCUCGGACGCAUCAAGGGCCUGAAGCGGUACCGCAGUGCAGCAACAAAUAGGCCGGGUGAAGGCUUCUUGCGCUCCGUUCAAUGGGGUAUCGAAGGUUUCAAAGUAUUCAAGAAUAUGAAGACGGACUGUCAAGCCGGCGACGACUUGGCCAACUACGUCCCCCUCGUCGAGUGCGUCGAGCAAAAUUGGUCGGCGCUCGCACUCGUCCUCAUGGAGUCGAUUGUGUGCUGCCUCCGAUGGCUCCACCGCACUGUCUCGUGCGUGCUCGUUCCUGGUGCACUGACGCUCAGCAGAAUCUCGGUUGGCGACGGGCGCGUCGGCGGAGUCUCCAAGGCCGACAAGACGGUUGUCUGCACCACCAAUGACGUUCACUGGACAACACUACCGGGCGACAACUGGCGUCUUGGCAGCACUGCGUUUGCCCCCGACAGCAGCAACAAGCUCAGCUCGUCCGCGGUCCUGUAA